AUGCCAGAACCACAACCCAAUGCUCCAGGCCACGAGGGAAACUCCCUUCCGCUGGACCACUCCCACAUCCUACUGACGUCGUUCAACUCGUUUUUGACCGUUGCCAUCCACAACAUCCUCUACUACCGCAACAUCUAUCCCGCCACUACCUUUCUCUCCACCAAGGCCUACAACCUGCCCGUCCAUCAAAACCGCCACCCCAAAGUCUGCGCGUGGAUCCGCGAUGCCGUCGACGCGGUGGCAGCGCAGCUUUCCACCGGCCACGUCUCCCGCAUCGCCAUCGUCAUCCACUCCCCUUACGAAUCAACGGCCCCUCCCCGGCCGCCCAGGGAUUCCUCUCCUUCAGGAUCCGAAGUCUUCACCCCAACCCCCUCCACGUCCUCCUCCUCCCAGCCGCCGGCCCCGAUCCCGCCGGGCAGCGUGCUGGAACGCUGGAUGAUCGACACCUCGCGCUUCCCAGCCUGGCCUUCCACUUCCAAUAACAACAACAACAACAACAACAACAACCCCGGCUCCAACGGGGAAGCGACCGGCCCGAGCGCGGCCGAGACCGCCAAGGGCAUGCGCGACUUCGCCCGGGUGCUCGCGCGGGACGCCCGGUCCGAGGACGCGCGCGAGCGCCACCUGGCCCCGGACCUGGCAAACCCGUCCUUCGGUUGGCCCGACCUCGACGAGCAGCUGCGCGGGGCGCUGCGGCGGAUGGCCAGCGUCGCGGAGGGGAUGGCGCCGCUGCCCCUUGAGGGGUGCACGUUCACCGUCGCGGUGGAGUUGGCGGAGGAAGGAAGGGCUCCUAUCGGGCACCCCCAGGUGUGGAUACCAUCUGAACCAAACCUGCAACCCAAAGGGAGAGGGAGGGAGGUGGCAGGCCAAGACAUUGGUGGCGUGCGGACGCGACCUAUCCGGUCGGUAGAGGCCGGGCCGUUGUUCUUCGAGUGCUGGGUGGAGGAGAGUAAGGCGAAGGAGGCACUGAUGAGAAUGACUGAGAGGGGGGAAGGAGGGAGCCAGAGUUAA